AUGCCUUCGCACGAUCGAGGUACGCUGGUCGUGGAGCUACGAGUACGGCUCUACCAGUGCCACUGCGAAGACCGAGUUGUUCCGAUCGAGGCCUGGACACUCCUGUUCGUGGAGGAGCCCGACCGCUACUUCGGCAAUGUGUGCGAGCUGGACACCAUCUUCAACCUCCACAAGGCGUAUUACAUUCAGGACGAGCUGUUCACCGGCUACUCCCGGCAGGAGUUGAGCAAGGAGGCGAUCUUGUGCAUCUGCGCCCACCUAUGCUACGUACCCCCACCGCUGCGAAUGUCCAAGCGCGAUGCCGAAGGCACGACGGUGGAAACAAGCGGCAGGGAGGACGCCAAGAGCACGACAGGGACAGCGGGAUACAACGGCGGCUUGAAGCAUGGAGUCUUCAUGGUCGACUGGGGUCUGGUUACGGAGCCCACGAUGCUCUUAUGGGGCGACAGCGGCUUCAUUACGCUGUCAAACUCAACUGCAGGUCGAAGUUGA